UGGACGGUGGAGGAUGGCGGCGCCCAGGGCAGCGGACUCUCCGAGUCGGAGCUGGCCGAGCGCGGCGGCUGAUACCCCACUGGAAAUAGUAGCCCCCACCUGGUCAGAGGUAGUGGGUGAUCCAGUCAGCGAACCCCCGACCCCUAGUUGGACCAGCGUGGUGGUUGAAAACCCCGCGCCCAGCCCUAGCCGGCCGCCCGCCUGCCGCGGUAUCUCCUGGACUCCGGCCGAAACCAACGCGCUGAUCGCGGUGUGGGGUGACGAACGGCUGCAGGACGUGCUGGAGGGCAACCUGCGCAACUCUCACAUCUUCGACAGGAUCUCGCAGGCCCUUCGUGAAAUGGGUUACGAGAGAAGCGCCAACCAGUGCAAGGAGCGUAUCAAGACUCUAAAGAGAUGCUAUAGUCGAGUGAAGGAACGAGGUCGGGGUAAGAGAACCUGUAACUAUACAUUUCAGCAGCUGGAGCAGGUCUUCGGACGUGUGCCUGUUGUGUGGGAGCAACACGCCUAUCAGCCUGUUCUUAUUGACAGCAGUGGACUCUACCAGGACGCAAAACCAGGCACUAUUAAUCUGGAAGAAAGCCGGGAGGUGCAGCCAACCGAGUUGGAAGAUUGGGGAAACCAAAAACAAGACUUGCUCAUCAAGCAGGAGCUGCUCAUGAACCAGAAGCAGGAACUGCAGUCCUACCAGAGGCAGGAUCUCUCUGUAUACCAGGAUGCAGAUGAGGAUGUGGAAGAAAUGAAUUUAGUAAAGAAGAAACCACCAGCGCGACGUGAAUCCACAGAAAACAUGCAGAAACCAGAGAUUCUGCAAGCCCUCACGGCACUUUUGGACUCAGUUCACCCACGGUGGCAGGAUUUCCAAAGUUAUGACGACCUCGGCAGUACGUACUUUGCAAAUAAACUUGGUAUCUUUGCUGUUGGUUAUAAUACGAGAUGGGUUGAGGACAUACGAUAUCAUUAUGCAGAAAUCAGCUCACAGGUGCCGGUUGGAAAGAGACUGAAGGAAUAUUUUAAUCCAGAUAAACCAGAAGGCAAAGUGAUCGCCAUUAAGCGUCAAAAAAUGAACUGGAAGAAAGUCUAUUACAAGCUAUUUGAGAUCACAAAAAGUGAGGCACGUUGUCUUGAGCUACACUUUGCUUUUGAAUGGAUACCCAUCGCACUUUCCCGUGCAGCCAGUGACAACACUGUACAAUAUUUGCUUCCGGGCGGGAUCCCGGAUACUAAUGGCCUAUAUGUCAUUGGUUGUGAAGAGGCAGAGGGCGAGAAUCUUUCCCCACGGCGAGAUUAUGGCAUUCGGGUGCUGCCAAGGGUGUCCGUACAACGGGACUCUAGUGGUACUACUGCAGGACCAUCGCUUUUGGAAAAUGAAGUUAGUGAUGCCAGUGAAGUGAAGUCAAAAAUUCGUUACUGUUAUCUAGGCGUGGCAGAGGAGCAAACCAUUCGCCAGUGCAUACUGCAACACUUUCAACCACCAGUCAAGAUGCUGGGCAUGGAGACAUGUUCAAUCAACAGCUUCCUCUCUGAAAACUGCCAGGCAGGAGCCAUCUCCAGAUCUAUUUACAUCAAAUUUAUAGAAGUAGAAAAAGAGUAUCUCUCUUCAGGCUGUGUGCAAGAGUGUUUGGAAAAAGCCAUGGGGUAUUCUUUACGGUUCACAAAGUAAAUUCCAACCAUAGCCAAUGUAUUCAGUUGUGAUGUACAAAGAUUUCUGCCUGGUCACAUUUAGAACUGCAAUAACAUCAGGGUUUAGAUUUAAAAGCUUCCCACAUUUACUGUACUUGAAGGGUUUCAAUACUAUUACGGCUAAGAGAGUAAAACAAGAAAUUGAGUCACUUUGCUCAAAACAAAGUGCAAGACAGUAGCUGAAAUGCCAGACAUGUAGUUUGGAGUUGGUCUGCUCUGUGGAUUUAAAGUUCAUCUCUUGAAAGUGAUUGUUGGAGCCCCAGUACACUGAAAGGUCUAAUGUCUUGGUUACAGUUGAGUUGAGUUACAGGCUAAUCAGUUUAGGGCAAGAAUGCAGGUCGUGAGAGCAUCUAAGUGUUACACUGAAGUGGUGGUAUAUUGAGAUGUUUUCAUUACUUGCAUUCUGUGGUUUUUAGCAUUGCCCACAUUCAAACCCACCAGUGACUUUUGUGGUGAUUUCACUGGGUUACGGGCCAUGCAACCGAUUUAGUUGGGUGCAAAUCCAAAAAUAGAGAAAGGGAAAGAUGGAAUUGAAAUGAAAUGUAUCUGCAUGCAUGCCUUUUCCACUGAACUUGCGAGGAAAAAACCUCUGGUUCUUUUUCCAUUGUUUGGAAGCUGCUCUGGAGUAGCCUCAGUUGGCCAAAGUGUUAAUCUAAUUUUUCUCCUUUUGAUAAAAUAUGACCUGAUUGUUAACUGAAACACAAUCCCAAGAACCUGAUUUUGUUAUGGUCAUGACCAAGCUCCAAACUGUUCGGCUGCAAAUUUCCUGGCACUUAAACUCAAGUGCAUAGUGCCUGGAAAAUGUUGUGUGUUUUAUGAGCACGUACUGAGCAGUUUGGCUAGGUUGGGGUAAAUGCAGUGGAAGCAGAUGGGCAAAGAAAAAUUUGAAAGUUUUGCUCUGUGGUGUAUUGCAAAUGUGCAUUGAAACCCUUAAUGAGUUGAGUCCUAGUUCAUACUACUUUAUGGUCUGUGUAUUGAUCUCGGAUAAUUUGCGUUGACCUGAAGAGAUUCUCCAGCAGUUUGUUUCUUGACAAUUUCUACCUGGAUUAUUUCUAAGUCAGUAGUCUGCUUCACCCUAGACAGGGACUGGUAUGAUUUACUGACUUUACGAAUGAGUGCAAGCAGCACCCUUUGAAUGAGAUUCAGUGCAAAGCUUCUGUGAAUGAUUUCUACCUUCAAUAAUAGUUGAAUAUAACCUCAACUUAUUUGUUUGACUUGGUGUUCUCCCUAUACAGUCAGAAGGAAAAUACCAUGUUAGCAGCAGUCAGUUUCACCCCAGAGUGGUCUUCCACAGUCAGUUACAUCAAACAGUCCGGUCUUUGACUGGGUUUGUGGAUUUGCACAAUCUAUCAGGGUUUUGAGCAUUUCGAAUAUAUUUUAACUACCAGUCAGUGCACAGGCCAGAUGUUGGAAGUUAGGACUUCAGUGUUGCAAUGUGCUAUGUUAUAACACUUGUGACAUUUGUGUGAAAUGGGGGCACUUUAUUUCUAUAGAUAGGACUUAGUACAAAUUACGGGCUAAGUUUUUCCUAUGCAAAAUGGGUCCAAUUAAACCUUUGUUUCAGAGUUAAUAUUCCAAGUUUUUUGAAAUAAUGGCCGUUUGCGCCUUUUCAUUGUUUUUCACGUUUAAGUUGUAGUGUCCACAUCUGUUGAAUUGUUAAUGAAACAUGAAUGACUUGAAACAUCUUUUGUGGAGAGCUUUUGACAUUGUGAGGAUAUUUUAAGACCUUGGAGACGAAGUGAGGGAAAAUGCUGCUGUUGCUCUUCAGUCCUUUUAAGCUAACUAUUUUAAUAAGAAUAAGCUAUGAAUAUAUUGAAGCUUAAUCCUAGUUUGUUAAAUACAGUGUCAUCUUACUUUGAAUAUAUUCUCCCUGAUCUGAAAAUGUUGGGAAUCCAAAACUUCACUGUAAAAUUCCCAAUGGCUAUUCAAUAGAUUUAAUGCUAGAGUGUCUUUUAAAAUUUCAGAUGUACAUUUGGUAUUGACAACCCAUGCCAAACAAGAGCCUAAGUGGAAAAAAUGUUAUUUUUUUUUUAAAUCCAGUUAUUAAAGUUUAUUUCUUUCUGGCAACUAGUGAAACAGACAUUGCAAAGCUUUAUUUCUCAGUCCAAUAAAAAAAUGAAGCUUUUAAGUUGACAAUAGAUUUCACUGAGCAACAUACACAAGAAAUCCUGCAAAGCCACAGAGCAACACACAGAAAAUGAAUGGAAAUGCAGAUUUCCAACAUCUGAAGAAUCUCUUGUGUUUAAUUAUCACUGGGAGCUAGUUAUGCUUCUAUAGAUUCAAAGGCACAGCUAAAUAGACGAGAAAAUUCCCAGAUUUCUUCUGCUGUCUGUGACUUUACAAUGAUAAUGGAAGAUAGCAGGAACAUAGCUUUGAGCAUUGAAGUGAAUAAAGUAUCAGGCACCCUAUUUCUUUUUGCUGUUGGGAAUCCAAUCUUUGGUUGACAGGAUAUACCAUUGGAUCUGGUGCAAUAACUUGUUCAGACAAGGCCAGGAUAUUUCAAACUUGUUUCCUCCUCCCCUUGUGUGAGCUACCACUUACUGUCUGGGCCUGUACACUAUCUGACAAGAUCAUAUAGAGGUUGUCCUGACUUGAGUUGCAUUUCAUGAACUGAUUCCUUUGACAGGAGGCAGAAGAAUACAGCAGAAAACUAUUUCAGCAAUUUAGUUUGAGAACAUAGAUGUUUUGGCAGGGCAGCAGAAUUUGUCUUUGAAUAAUUGUUAUCUGGAUUAUGGGAUGCAAAGUAGCAAGAGAUCAUUCCUGUGCUCCGGGACACUGUAAGGAGUCCAAAUGAUUAAUUUCAUCCCUCUAUGGCAGGGGUUCCCAAACUUGUUUUGUCAUGGACCCCUGCCAUUAACUGAAGGGUCUGUGGACUCCAGGUUGAGAACCCCUGUUCUAUGGUCUGUCGGCUAGUGCGACACAAAUGCAACAUGAAAUCUGUUCUUUAUUCUCAUUUAUCUGGCUUUAAUUUCCCGAUGUGAUGCUUUUUGCAAGCACUACUACAUAGUAGUAAAAUGUAACUUUUAAAAUACAAUAAAAGCUGUCAUUGGGGAUGGGUGGGGGGUGUGCUUCAAGUUUCAUGAGAGCACUUUUCCCUUGGUGUUUCCCUCCACUAAAAGAUGUGGUAUGUAUUAACAUCAUAUCUUGUGGUGUCUCCCAGAAAACUCCCCCAGAAACACAUAACUUGAGUGGCUUUGAUUGAAAGCUGCUGAUUGGAAGUUCUCUGGUGAUAUUGCUGGUACUACUUGGGGUGCGACAUUUGAAGUAUCUCGUACAGUAAAAGAAAGGGACAAGGCACUCGAAGUUACAAAAUGUAAUUUCCAUAAGCAGCAAUUGUUGCAACCUAGCCCAACUUCACUACUUUACUCUUUAUGAAAAGGUUACAUUUUUGUUUUCUGCGUCAGCAUGUCACAAUGAUUCCUUCCUAAACUUUUCAGUAAACUAAUUUAUUAAUUGCAAUCUAAAGGUAAUCCGAUAGUGCCACACAAAGUAUUUUGGUAUUAAUCACAGUCUCAAGCUGAUUAGUUAAUUUUGCCUCUAAACAGAAUGAAGCAUUUUGAAGAAUUUGGGGUGUUGACUUUUCUCUUGAUACACACAAAAACAUUCAUCCAAUCCAUUCGAACUAAUUGUCUUUCACUCAGAAUAUAUAGUUUGGGGAAGUUUUCCAGUAACAUUGCAAGACAACCUCAUCUUUGUGGAUGUGUGGGCACCAUUAAGACUAUUCCAAGUGUAAAUCCUGGUCCCAACAAAAAUAAAAUUGCAUUUUGAAUAAUGGAAAUAAUAUUAAACUUGAGGUGCACUUUGAAAACUCUCCGUUGUCUGUGGUUUUGGGCACAGUCAGUGCAGAUUGCUAUUUGUACCCUGACAUAUUUGUGAUUUAAAAAAAAAAACUUCACAUUAUUUCAACACCUAAUAUAAAAUAAUGUCACAGGUCUUACAGACAAUUAGGUUAUUUAAUUUUUAAUUUUGCAUUGGUCAGUAUUUAAGUUUCAAAAUGUCACUUUCCCUAAACAUGAAUUUCCAUAUCUUCAAAUAUACUAUUGAGGGAUCUAAUUAUGUUCAGAAUUUUGUUAUUGAAUUGAAACUGACAUAACUACAAGUUGUACAGUUAAGAUCAAUGUUUGAACAUAGAUCUUGGAAACUAUGCAAAGUUUUAGAUUCACACUGAUCUUUUAAUUACAGUUUGACUCCCAACUUGUUACUACUGAAAGAAAUACACCUAUCGUUCAAUUAAAAUGAGCUUUCUUUCUGAAACAGUUUUGCUCAAAGCAGCAUAUCUCUCUUCCAGUUUCUUUCCAAGAGUCCUCUGCCAACUGUUACUUUGAGUAUGGUUCUGCAGAUGAAGUAGCCUUCCUGUAGAUCACAUAAUUUUGGCUUAUGAUCCGAAACAUUGAAUGUUGACAACAUGGUGAGUGUUUCCAAAAUUCCCACCAUUAAUGGCGUCCUUGCCUCUCUUGGUUGUUCUGUAUAAUGAUCACCAACACCUGUCAUCUCGUUGCGCAGACGUUGAAACAAAUUAUAACUGCUUUUGCCCAGGAUAUUGGCCAAUAAAAUACAACUCAGGAAUUUUUUUGUGUGUAAAGUUUAGCAUUGUACUGGAUGAUGUCCUUACCCACAAGAUUAUUGGGGCAGCUUCCACUUUAGAUUUUCAAGAAGAUCCCUCCACUUUUCUUCCACUGGAAACCGGUAAAUGAUUAAUUUUGCUCUCUUCAUCAGCCAUCCUGUAAACUUUGAACUCAGUCUGUGACCCUAAGGAAGACAUUUGAGUGAAUGUGCAUCUGCAUCCUAAUCGUAAAAUGCUGCUGAGAAGUUUCAUGUAUCUACAACUUGGGCAUCUGGGAAACAUUCCAACCACACUACAAAGUGCUGGACUGUUCUGUAUGUGGUUUUGUACCAGCCAAUACUGAUAAAGACUCCCGAAUCUGCAAUUACAGACUGCAUCUUUCUUUGUCCUGUCAGGUUGCCAGAGUGUACACUGUUUGGAAACUUGCCCAGGUGCAACAUUAAGGUUGUGUUGAGCAAACAUUGAAAUAUAUCCGUUUUAAGCACUCCCUAAUUUACUUAGGAUUACAAUUCCCACAUAAUUGAAGACCAAAUGAAACAGUCAGCAAAACAAAACCCAAAUCACUGGAGAAAAUACCCAGAGCAAGCUACUGUUCUGAGCAUUGACUGACCAGGUAGGCUGAACUGUACCAUUCUUAGUAUAGACACUGUUGAUCAUAUAAAGAUGAAGAUAUGGCUAGAAGUAAACUUAAAGAAAAUCAAAGUGUAUUUUUACAUUCUUGUGUUCUGAUUUUUCCAAAGUUUUAUGUCAGGUUUUGUUUUUCUGUAAUUAAGCAGUGUAAAGCUUUAAUUUUAAACUGGGCAGCCAUUCCUCUUGUUUAGCUGACCGAUGGUGCACAUGAAUAGUAUGACGGCUGGAUCAGGGCAAAGUAUGAAGACAUUUCCUCAGCAGGUGGCUGAUCCGUCCAAGUAACCACAUUUUGUGGUGGUAUUAAAAGCUAACUUUGAAUUUUUGAAAGUAAUCACAAUGGCAACAGAAACAUGAACAUGUUUUCCAUUUUUUUUCUUAACUGAAAUAUUAUGUGGUAUUUAUCCCUGCUGUUAUCGAUUAUAUUGUAAUACUUUAUGAAAUGAUUUAUCCUUUAAGGAAAAAAAAAAAUAGCAUCACUGCUGACUAGCAAAUGCUUGUGACUGAAAAAUAAAAAUGGAUUAGAAUGUUGGUUCCAAGUGAUCAAGACACGGUCUUUUGAUUCACAAUAUUAUCCUCACUCACUGCCCCUACUAAAGAACUUUGGGGAUUUUCCAUUAUUUUCAAUGGAAACUCCUGGCAACUCUGGGCUGUUUUAGUGAGAUAUGUCUUGUAUUCUCUUGAUGCAGCAUUAAGCUAUAAAUUAUUAGAUAUUAAAGAUCAUUAUGACUUUA